AAUAAUCUACUAUUUUUCUUACUCCGCAAGUCUCUUUGAGUUUGCGCUGCUUUGAUCGUGAUGCGCACAUGACAUUACGUAAUCAUUAAUGUCAAUACUUCAAAACCGCAAAAAGUAAGAAAAUAUUUCGAUCUGAAAUAAUCGAUAAUGUCGUCAUCCUUUUUCAGCUAUCUCUGAAUCUCGAGAAGCCCAUUUGCCAGUACGAAAAUCUAUUUAGGCUUGACGGUCUUUACUCUGUCAGUAGUUGCGCCGAUAACGCCAUGACUCUUAUCUCAGUAGAUAAGUCUAAUUGCGAUAGUUUACUUAACGACGGAAAAAAUCUUCUUUUAUUGGCUGUUGUUACCAAAUCAAACGCGUUGGCGUCAAUAUGGCGUCCCACAGUGAGGAGAAAUCGACAGUUCGAUCAUGCGACUAAGAUCAAGGGAGAAAUUAAUGAAAACAUGUACUAAAAUCAAUGAAUCACCUGUGUGGUUGAAGCAGUGGCUAUGUGAUAAAUACAGCUGACAGGAAUGCCACAAAAAAAAGAUAUAUGUUGAGACUGGAGGAAACACGUGACAAUUGUUCCUUUAAAAUAUAAUCCCAGGUAUAAAAAUCAAGCUGUUUGUGAAGAGCGAAUAUUUCAAUGAUAGAAAAAAAUAAUACAGUGAUCUCUGGCUCGACGCAGUAUACACAAUUCGGAUAAUGAAUUACGUUAACUUCAAAAGCUGAGCAGCAGAAAACGAGUUUGUUAAUAACAAAGUACUCUCACCCACUAAAAGAUAAUAAUGCAUAAAGUAACGUCAGAGAUAUACACGGAAACUAACAAUAUCUCUGAGAAGCUUGAGAAUGGCAAUGCAAUCACUAAAUUCGCCUUCAAAUGUCCAUCUCACAUGAUUGACUCGACUUCCACAGCCGGGACGCUGAAGUACGACAGCGAUGACGACUUGGAUGUGGACAGAGAUAAAGAAGAAAUACUUUUGAUAGAACACAGCGUGUCGACGGAGCUCAAUUUGGUCGGCUUGCAAGUGUGGAGGGGCGCUUUUCUAUUAGCCGACUACAUCUUGUCGCACCCGGAUUUGUUCAAGGAUCAAAUAAUCUUGGAAUUAGGAUCCGGAGUUGGCAUGACCAGUAUCGUAGCGAGUUACUUGGCCAAGGAAGUCAUCUGCACAGAUAUCAACGUCGGCGGUAUACUGAGUCUAAUCAAACGAAAUUUCCUGAAAAAUCAUACGUAUGUUAAAUCCAGUUAUCACAUAGAGGAGGUAAAUUUCCUCAACUUGGGAUGGCCGAAGAUAUUGGAGGAGAGAUUGCAAAACGCAAAUAUUAUAUUGGCUGCUGAUGUAGUUUACGAUGACAAAAUCACGGAUGGAUUUGUCCGCACGUUAUCGAAACUUUUGUACACGAAGAGGAAAAAAACCGUUUACGUCGCUCUCGAGAAGCGAUACGUAUUCACUAUUGCCGAUUUAGAUACCACUGCACCAAUGUACGAGGAGUUUCUACAUUGCAUCGAGAAGUACAGGAUCAACUGGUCUGUAGAUUAUAUAAGUAUAGACUUCCCAUGCUACUUCAAAUAUGACAGAGUUAAACAUUUGGUUUUAAUGAAAAUACAAAACAAUACGAAGUCUAUUGCGUAUGCAUAGCAAGCAACUUACGUUCCUAAUAGCGUACGCGAAUCGUUCCCACCAUGAUAUAACACGUAAAAAUAUUACAAAUAAAAAGACAACAUUAGAAUUAUUGGAUUGAAAAACCGAUAAUAUAGCUCCCUAAUAUGUGCACUUAUCUAAUGAAAUACAACAUCACAAUUGACGUAAUUUAUACAGAAAAGAAAACAGCAGUCUAUUUUAAAUAAAUCACCUCUUGGAUAUAUAA